GGUGAGGCCCGCUGAGACCUGGGGGUGAAGAAACCCGGGGUGCGGGACUACGGGGCCGACGGCACUGGGAGUGAAGUCUGACUGGAACCCUGGCAGCAGGCCCCCGGGAUGCUCUGGGCAUGGCCUCUGGAGCCCCAGAGCAGAGCAGCCAGAUGGCAGAAGAGAUCCCCAGUUUCCUGGAUGAGUUUCUCCGUGACUUCCCAGCCCCACUGAGCCCAGAGAGCCCUUUGCCAUGGAAGAUCCCAGGGACAGUGCUGAGCGAGGAGGAGGUGGAGGGCGAGCUGGCGGAGCUGGCGGUGGGCUUCCUCAGCAGCAGGAAUGCUCCGCCACCACUUGCUUCAUCUCUGGCCCAUGAAACAGUUUCCCAGCUGCUGCAGACAGACCUUUCUGAAUUCAGGAAGUUGCCCAGGCAGGAAGAGGAAGACAACGAGGAAGCAGAGGAGGAGAAGGCUCCUGUGACCCUGCUGGAUGCCGGUGGCCUGGCGCGGAGUUUCUUCAACCAGCUCUGGGAAGUAUGCAGCCAGUGGCAGAAGCAGGUGCCCUUGACUGCCCAGGUUCCGCAGCAGCAGUGGCUGGUCUCCAUUCAUGCCAUCCGGAACACUCGUCGCAGGAUGGAGGACCGGCACGUGUGCCUUCCUGCCUUCAACCAGCUCUUCGGCCUGUCCGACCCCGUGAACCGUGCCUACUUUGCAGUGUUUGAUGGUCAUGGAGGAGUGGAUGCCGCGAGGUACGCUGCUGUGCACGUACACGCCAACGCUGCUCGCCAGCCGGAGCUGCCCGUAGACCCCGAGAGAGCCCUCAGGGAAGCUUUCUGGCGCACCGAUGAGAUGUUCCUCUGGAAAGCCAAGCGAGAGCGGCUGCAGAGCGGAACCACAGGCGUGUGUGCGCUCAUCACAGGAAAGACCUUGCACAUCGCCUGGCUCGGGGACUCCCAGGUCAUCCUGGUACAGCAGGGACAGGUGGUGAAGCUGAUGGAGCCGCAUAAACCUGAGCGACAGGACGAGAAGGAGCGCAUCGAAGCCCUGGGAGGCUUUGUGUCUCACAUGGACUGCUGGAGAGUCAACGGAACCCUGGCCGUCUCCAGAGCCAUUGGGGAUGUCUGCCAGAAGCCCUACGUGUCUGGAGAGGCAGAUGCAGCCUCCUGGGAGCUCACCGGCUCUGAAGACUACCUGCUGCUGGCUUGUGAUGGCUUCUUUGACGUAGUUCCCCACCAGGAGGUGGCCGGCAUUGUGCAGAGUCACCUGGUCAGGCAGCAGGGCAGCGGGCUGCGUGUAGCCGAGGAGCUUGUGGCUGCAGCCCGGGAGCGGGGCUCUCGUGACAACAUUACGGUCAUGGUGGUCUUCCUCAAGGACCCCCAAGACUUGCUGGAGGGUGAGGCCCAGGGGGCUGGGGAUGCCCAGGCAGACAGGAAAAGCCAGGACUUCCCCUCUGACCUCUCGGAGCCAGAAAACAACACUCCAUGGAAAAGCUAGGAGGUCCAGGCCCCUGGUGGUCCCCACCCUAUGACCUUUCCCCUCAGAUGCCUAAGGACGCAACAGGCAGCGGUGGGCAGGCUGGCGCCACCCAAGCAGUGCUUUUCUCUGGGAUCCCCAGGCCCCUUAUGGUGUUUGCAUUGGCCCCUCCUGAUGGCUGUGGAACUGCAUGGGGCAGUGGGUGUCACACCUCGCUCAUGACAGGUUGUAGAAGGAAGGAAUCCUCCAAAGGAAGCCUUACCAAAGAGAAGAUGACCCAGGAAGUGGACUGGCUCUUGCUCCCCAUGGGGCAGGGGCGGAACCAGAGGCCACAGUCACUGACUGCAGCCAGACCAAAGACACCAGGCAUGCGUGUGGGGCAGCAGGAUGCUGUGUGUGGGACCCUUGGAGACAACCGGAGCCAUGGUAUUUGCAAGCACAUCCUGGGUGCCCAGUGCAAGUUUCUCAUCCAUUCCUCAUAGGCUGCAGCUGGGAAGGUUCUGCCUGCAGACGCACCUGGCGGGGCCUGGCUGACCAAGCUUACUUCCCAAACUGGAGAGGAACUGGGAUCACAUCUGCUGCGGUCGCCUCCCUGCAUCAUGGCAUUGCUGACCUGUGAUCCCUGGCCUCACUGGUCCCUCUCGUCCCCCGCACACCCAGGGAGGGGAAGCUCAGAGAUGCCGCACUAGUCUUUGCGUUUUUUUGUUGCAGGGAAAAGACUAAUGCAGAAGCAGUAUUGCAGAUUUCGUUUUUGUUCUGUCAGUGCCAAGGUGACCUGUUGUGUCAAAUAACUUAAGCUGAGCUUAGCCUUUAUUUUAUUCCUUAGAAAACUUAUGUAUUGAUUUCUUUUUAGGGGAAACUUCUUUUGCAGUAUUACUGAAUUUUUUUCUUGAAUCAAGAUUGAAACAAAAACCUUUCCAGGUAGUGUUAAUAAGCCAUUCAAGUGCCUUAAACGGUUUUUAGGGAAGGCUAGAUCUGCAGGGCCUGUGAUGGGUUCCAGUAGACAUGUCUUAAGUUUCCACAAAAGCAGGAUUUAUCUUGUUACAGUGAAUGCUUUAGGCUAGAAUUCUUCCUGGAAGAGUUCUUCUGCCUCUUUGUGUUGUGCCAUGACAGUCAGCAAGGUGGUCCCUAAGAGCAUGGGCUGUGCCACGUGGCCCAGGCCAGACUGUACUACAGGAGCUCAGGAUGGCCGUGGUCCCUGCCUGAUCCCCACCUUCCUUGGCCCUGCCACUUGGUAUCUGGCUGGACCCUAGACAGAGGACCUGAGCUCCAUGAGCAGGCAGGUCCUUGCUGCUGUUUGGAAUGUUACAGAAUGACUUGUGUGUUGGUAGUUGGAUUGGUUUCAUUUGGAAACACACGUAAGAGGCUCUGGCAAGUCUGAUGUAGCCUGUGGGUCUGUUUGGAGGCAGCAGGGAUGUGGCUGGGAGUCUAUCCCGCCCGCCUAGCAGCUGCCUCUCUUUCUGCCAAAAGCUGGCAGCCUCUGCUCUGUGGCCUUGCUCUGUCUGCCCCAAGCCUUGACUGCCUGUGAGAGAGCUCAUUGGUGUCCCUUGCUGCCCUGGAAAAGUGAAGCUUAGGUGACUUCAUUUGCUCACGUCAGGUGGGGCAAUACAACUGCUGUAUGGAGUUGAAGGUGGCAAGGAUGGGUGAGGGCUCCAGGGGGAGGUCAGGCCAAGAGAGACGGGUGUCUGGCGGGUGGACCUGGCCUUGCAGUGCUGGGCAGGGCUGCUGCAGGCAGAGGCUGGCAAGUCUGGGAAGGGCAGUGGGUUGCUUAACGGAGCCUUCAGCAGAAUGUUGCUACGAGGCAGGGCGGUGGGAGGAAGCUUGGUGCCAGGUUCCCAAGGCCCGAAGGUCCUGUAGAGGUGUUCUAAAUCCACCCACAGCAUCAGGGGCCCAGGAAGGCCUGUGCAGGGAGCCCCCUGAUCCUAGUGGCAUUGAGGGGAGUCCUGGAGAAGGAGCAGAUGAUGAGAGCCAACCCUCCUGAGGCAGUUGGGCUGUCUAGCAGGAAGGGAAGGAGCCUUGGGGACCCACCGCCUACAUGCUUUGAGUGUACCCCCCACAGCAGGAUGAAGACACUGAGGCCAUGUGGUCAAUGCCUUGCUUAGGGCCUCAUGGUAAACGGCAUCUUAAAUAUGGUCACUGCAAUUCAGAGAAUACUUGGCAGCCAACAUGACCAUGUGUUACCCCAUUUAACUUGAAGGCCCCGUUGCCUUCUGAGGGCCAAAAGCAUCAGCCCCUCUAACUCAAGGCUGGCAGCAGGCUGGCUAUGGCCCCACCCUUCACUACCAGCCUGGCAUCGUGAGGGCGUAACCUUAAUGGAGGGAGGGAGCAAUGGGCUUGUUUUUCUCUUUGCUAAUCUUACUCCACUGAUUGCUGCCAAGAGAGGAGCUUCACUGCGUGGAGUCUGGAUUACACCAGUUGGUGGCCUGGUUUGUGCCCUGGUCUGAGGCUCCACCGAGACACUUCUCCAGGCUUGUCCUGAUGCCUGUCCACCCCAGAGCCAGGUUGCUGGGGUCAAAGUCCCCCACACCCAGCAGAGACCCUUGCUGCCUGGUGUGGCCCUGUCAGCCCAGGGAGUCCUUGUUCUCCUGCUGCUUAGGGGCUGGCCUGUGCAAGCACCUAGGCACAGAGCAGGACUUUUCCAUCUUGACUGGGCUGCACUGGGAGCCACUAGGCAGCCUCUGAGCACCCUGGUCCACUUCCUCAGGACACAGUCCCAAGAGGGCCCCUAGUCAAGACACUGGUCUGGAAACCUCAGUCCUCUUCUCAAGUCCCAGCUUUGCCGCUGGCUUAUUGUGCAAGCUGAGUUAAGUCUCCCGUUGCACUUCCCUGGGCCUCAGUUUCCCCUUUGUAGGGCACAGUGUUGCACUGAACCUGCAGCAGCUCCUGGAAUUCUGGAGGUGCAGGGGGCAAGCCCAGCACAUCCUGGGGAGAUGCUGCCAGUGCUGAGGGCCCUUCCCCCACUGCCAGCAGGCAGGGUGAAUAAGUAUUACUAGUGUCUAUUCUUGAAAUUAAGUGGGUUGGAAAAGAAUUGAGCUACUGAUGCUAGCGCCUUAUAUGGAAUACAAAAGCUGGAGAAUUCCAGCCCUGCUUUUACAGGUAGAGCUGAUCCUGAGCCAGCAGAGGUGGGAGGGCCUGGGAGAGGGGCAGGCACAGCUGGGCUCCCUGUGGCCUCUAGUCAACCCACUGAAAUCCUGAGGCGAAUGCAUGGCUUCCCCAGUCCAGCCUGUGCUCAGCAUCCAGGACUGGGAAAUGGGUGUUUUAGGGAGAGAGCAACAGGGUGCAGGUUCCAGGGAGAAGCACAGGCCCACUGAGGUCCUGGGUCAGCUUUUGGCCGCCCCCUAUCUUUGACCACAGUCCUGUCACCUGUCCUCCCUGGGCCUGCACAUAGUCCCUGGCCUCGCCCCUUCCCCACCUACCUCAGCAGUAUUCCCAGGGUCCAAGGUACCCCUAGGCCUGGCCCCCACACCAACUAAACAGAAACCAGGUGGGCUUAGGCAAAAUAAGCCAUUUGGUUUGAUUCUGCCCAUAGCCCAAAGAGGGCAGCCCUGGGGGCCUGUGCUUUACCAAGGCCCCACAGCUAUGCCAAAUCUGCCAAGCUUUGCCAUUCAUGCACUGUGCCAGCCUUGCCAAGGGUUUAUCUGUGUGUUUCAGUGAGGUUCCUGGGAGUUAGGUUUUUUUUUGGGGGGGGGGUUCCCAAGACAGGAUAGCUGUUUUCCCUGAUUGUAGGAACACGUCCCAGGGUGAGAGGUUAGAAAGGCAGUCUCCUCCCAGGGCUGCUGUGCUCAAGUGUCAAUAAACCACAAGU